AUGCCUAAUGUCGAAGGUAAACUUAAGAUCCCACCAAAUCUUCGUGAUGUGUCGCCGAAUCUAGUGCUUCGUUGUCAAAUGAUAUGGAACCGUUUGCAACGAAUUCGUUGCGACACGGACGAUUUGAUUGACGAUUUGCGUGGUUACCACUGUAAACCGCUGAUGACCUAUAAGAGAAUCAUGGAAUUUGGGGAAUUAAUAACGAAAUAUGUUGGGGUUUUACUCAAGGCGCUGGCCCAAUGGACAAUCGCCGUCCGACGCGGAGAAAUCACGGAAGAAGAUGUAAUGGCUAAGAAGAUAAAAGCCGUGGAAACCCAAUCGCCGUUCCUUCCCAACAAGCUGAAGUGUUGGCUCAACCGUCAGAAACAGCAAAUCAAGACUUUUAAAAAGUGUGAUCAAUUACCCAAUGUCCGACUUGUGUCUGGAGUAAAAAAUUUAAAAAAAGAGCUGAGAAAUGGAAACAAAGGGUCUUACGCCGUGGUCAUCUCCUUGACGUUCGGGAUGUCGGACGCGUUGGUGAACGAUAUGAAGAGUUACGUUGAAAAGAAAUGUUGGACAAAAGACGACUGUUGGACGAAAAGAGACGGAAAAGCGGAAGCAAUGAUGGAAUCUAGCACUUUAACCCAUUGUCGUAAAAUGUUCGUGGCUGCUCAAGAAUUUUCAAACUGGGUGACCAACAACAAUAGUGACAACACCAACGUCCAAUACAUCAUUCUUUACGACGAACGGAUUGGUGUAGGGGAAAUAUCGCCGUCCACGAAAAUUUACGACUGCGGAACGGGAACGGCUCUGAAAUUCAACUCGACUUUCGAGUCAAAUUUCACCAUCCCUAAAGCUCCUGGUCCAGUCAUAGUCGAAAAGAACCACCGUGGCGUGAUCACGCUGAGUUGGAGAACAGAGGAAGAAGUCGAGCAGUCAAAAUUUCUAUUACAGUAUCGGAACGUCGGUGGAUCCGGAGAAAGAUGGGAUUCCAUUCAACAUCAUUCCAAGUCAAUUACAAUCAGUCAUCUGCAAUCGGAGGAGAGUUACGUGUUCCGCGUUGCCGCAGUGACACCAGGUGGAAGGAGUCCGUUCAGUCCGGUCAGCUGUGAGGUGACAAUCGAUCCGGUUUGUCCGCCACCAGCUGGAUUGCAGUGUUUGUACUUGACGGACACCACCAUCACCAUUUCCUGGUCUCAUCAAUUUUUUUCAGGAGGAGUAAAGACUGUUGCGGAAAAAGAUGAGGAUGAUUAUGAAAAGGAUGAAGAUGAUUAUGACGACGUAACUAUUUCCUCUUACUCUAUUGACUGCUGGAUGGGCGGCAGCCGUCACAAUUCUACAUUUAUACAAAGAUCCACUACGGAAACGACGAUUACACUUGAACCACUCGUCCUCGAUACAGAUUACUACGUCCAAGUUCGGGCAGUCUGCACUGAUGCCACGGGAUCCACUUUCUACAGUCCAGCUUCGCAGAUUCUAGAAGCGAAAACGCUGCGAAAUGCCGAACGGGCGGCACAUGUCGUCCGUCGUGAGAGCCAAAAAUGCCCGACCGCCAAAGACAUCGACCUAUACCAGUUACCGUUAAAGAGACAACGCGGAGUCCAAACACAAGGAGUCGGCCAUUACGUUUUUGGUGAAAGUGAAGUGCCCUGCCAAACUGGCAAGCGUCGUCAACGGACCAUCUUGGUGCUGGGCGCCACCGGUUCCGGCAAAAGUACUCUCAUCAACGCUAUGGUGAAUUAUGUGCUGGGCGUCGAGUGGGAUGACGACUUCCGCUUUAAACUGAUCAAUGAGCCGGCCGACAAGUCUCAAGCUCACAGCCAGACGGACUUGGUAACCACCUACGACUUGUACGAGAUGAAAGGAUCCCGUCUGAAUUAUUCUCUGACAGUUGUCGAUACUCCAGGAUUUGGUGACACUCGUGGACUGGAAAAAGACAAGAAAAUUAUGCAGCAAAUCCAAAAUUAUUUUCAAUGUCGUCACGGGAUUCAGCAACUGGAGGCCGUCUGUUUCGUCGUCCAGUCAUCUCUCCCUAGACUGACGGCCACCCAGCAGUACAUUUUCGACUCCAUCUUGUCUAUUUUUGGUCAAGAUAUUAAGGAUAAUAUUCGGCUGAUGGUGACGUUUUCUGACGGUGCUUUGCCGCCGGUCCUCGGUGCAGUCAAAGAGGCCGGCAUCCCGUCGCCCAUGGAUCCAUCCACUGGUCUUCCCUUACAUCACAAAUUUAAUAAUUCCAUUUUUUUUACUUCCAACAAGGGCGACCGCCAGACGAACGAAUUCAACCGGACCUACUUUGACAUGGCAGUUGGCGGUUUCGACAAAUUCUUCGACGAUUUGAGUCGGAUGGAAACCAAAUCUUUGGCACUGACCCGGGAAGUACUCUCGGAACGAAAGCGGCUUGAAGCCCUUGUCAAAUCACUCAAACAGACGAAUGAUAUCAAAUUAACACUCUUAAACGAGCUGGAACAAGUAAAAAAGAUACUGGAACAAAAUGAAGAUCAGAUGAAUGCCAACAAAGUCUUUGAAUUUGAAAGGCUUGUUCCCAAGUCGACGGACAUCAGCGGAACGGGGCAAUUCACCACCAACUGCCAAAAGUGUCGCACAACUUGCCAUUUCCCUUGUGGACAGGCUCAUGACGCAGAUAAACAUCUUUGCUCUGUCAUGGACCGAAGCGGCAAUUGUAUGAUAUGCAAAUGCCCGUGGAAUGUCCAUUUCAAUCAAAAGUACCGGUACGAGAUGGUGAAAGAGAAAGUCAAGCGUUCGUCCGACGCCAUCCGGCAACAAUAUCAAGGGGCCAAGAAUGAAGCGAUAACCAAUGAAAAAGAGCUGAAAAUCUCCCAGAAAGAAAUCGACAAAUGCAAAGUAGAGCUCAGGAAAUUGAAGCGAGAUACCAAUCCAUGCAUCCAGCGACUGAACAAAAUCGCUCUCCGGCCUCACUCUUCCUCUGUGCCCAAUUAUAUCGACUUGAUUAUUGCCGCCGAGAAACAAGAACAUCGUCCAGGAUAUCAGGAGAGAAUCACCACAUUAAAAGAUCUCCGCCAAAUGGCUGAUAUCACGGCCAAACUGUUCUACAACAAUUCGAAAUCAAAAAUUAUGCGGAUGGGACGUUAUCUUUGGAAGAAGAGCAUGUCCUUAUUGGUUGGAUAUUCCUAUAGGAUCGCCAUACCAGUUAUCAUCGCAGGCCUCUUUCUUCUCGACAAUCUUUUAAAACAAUUAUUUUAUUGCGAUUUCAUUAUAUUUCCAUUUUUUUUCCAUCUGUAUUCUCGGAACGUUAUAAAUGCGUAUGCUGGGUGGCGUUUAAUGAUUCGAAUAAAAGCUAUUAUCUACCGCGUGAGUGCUGACUGGACCAAAUUAAGUGUCAAAUUGCGAGAACCAAAAAUCCUCUUCUUACUCGCCAUUCCCGCUGCUCCGUUUAUCUUUUCAUUCACGAAAGAGAUUUCGAUUUGUUUCUUAAUUGCAGGAUCGGCAACGUUAAUCGUUAAGAAGAUAGUCAACAACGUUCUAGGUUGGAUUACGGUCCUUUUCAAAAAUAGCUUUUCAAAAACUUCAUCUACACUUGGACUCAUAAUCGUCGGUGGAUCUAUUACUUUUGCGACAUGUUUUAACGAGCAACUUUCUGUGAUUUCCCGUUACAUUAUUAGCAUCGAUAUGAUAAUCGAUUUGGUUCUCUACUUAAAAAAUCCUCCUACACAUUGGCAGAAAGUGGAUAUUUUGAAACAGAUUUUAAACAAAGUAAUGCAUAUUUCAAGCGAAGUCUACAGCAUCGCUAAGGCACUUCCUUGCGGUGUGUUGAGUCUGUUUUUUAAAGUUAAAGAGAAAAAAAAUUUGUUUUCUUAGUCAAUCCUCAAAAGAAGAAAGGAAAGAAAGAUUUUUUAAAAUUCUCUAUAUGUCUAACCAACUUUGUCGCCUUAUUGUCACCUGAAAAUAAAAAAAACUGGAUCUUAAUUGAA